GAUAUGAAGAGGAGCCGCCGCGGCUGCCGCUGCCGAGCGAGCAGAGGAGUUGCCGGCGACGGACAGGGGCGCACCGGAGCCAGCGGACGGAGCAGCCCGGCUGGGCAGGGAGGCUGCCCGAGGCGUGACAGCCGGAGCUCGCGGCCCCUCCCCGGGAGGGAGCACGGCCGCCCCGCCAGCAGUGCCCAGCCAUGGGACCCACCGUCCCCCCAUGAGCGCGGGCGGGCGGCGGGGGCUUGGCGGAGUGGCGGGAGCGCUCCCCCGGCCGGAGGAUCCGGCCGCACCUUCUGCCUGGGCCAGUGGCCCUGCCUGCGGCGCCCCCGGCUCGCCUCCUUCCGAGCCGCCCGGCGCCUCCCCUGCCCGCCUGGCCGGCAGCUCGGCGCGGGGGACGGGACCGUUCGCCUGCCACCCACCAGCCGGGUUGCUGGGAGCUGGAGGGAGCCCGAGAAGACGAGGAAGGAGAGGGAAUAAGGCGAGGAGAGGAGGAGGCGGUGGAGAGCUGGCAAUGUCCCUUCCCUGUUGCAACCUGGUCAGAUACCUGUUCCCAGCCCUGCUCCUGCACGGGCUGGGAGAGGGUUCUGCCCUUCUUCAUCCAGACAGCAGAUCCCACCCUCGAUCUUUAGAGAAGAGUGCAUGGAGGGCUUUCAAGGAAUCACAGUGUCCUCACAUGCUGAAACAUCUUCACAAUGGAGCCCGAAUCACUGUGCAAAUGCCUCCCACCAUUGAAGGACAUUGGGUCUCUACUGGCUGUGAAGUUAGAUCAGGCCCAGAGUUUAUCACAAGAUCCUAUAGAUUCUACCACAACAACACAUUCAAGGCCUACCAAUUUUAUUACGGAGGUAACCGCUGCACAAACCCUACCUACACCUUAGUUAUCCGUGGUAAAAUUCGUCUUCGUCAAGCAUCCUGGAUCAUCCGAGGGGGAACUGAAGCAGAUUACCAGUUACAUAACAUUCAGAUCAUCUGCCACAGCGAAGCAGUAGCCGAAAAACUACGUGAGUUGGUGAACCGUACGUGUCCUGGAUUUGUACCAGACAGCAAUCCCUGGGAGCAGGAUGUGAGCUACAAUUUAUGGAGAGAAGAGAAUGGAUGUGAAUGCACCAGAGCUCUUAAUUUUGCCAUGCAUGAACUUCAACUGAUCCGAGUAGAGAAGCAGUAUCUACAUCAUAAUUUAGAUCACCUAGUGGAGGAGCUAUUUCUUGGAGACAUCCACACUGAUGCUACUCAAAGGAUGUACUAUCGGCCUUCUAGUUACCAGCCUCCUCUUCAAAAUGCAAAGAAUCACGAUCAUACCUGUAUAGCAUGUAGAAUCAUUUACCGGUCAGAUGAGCAUCAUCCUCCAAUCUUACCUCCAAAGGCCGAUUUGACUAUUGGAUUGCAUGGAGAAUGGGUGAGCCAGCGCUGUGAGGUGCGUCCUGAAGUCCUCUUUCUCACCAGGCACUUCAUCUUCCACGAUAACAACAACACCUGGGAAGGUCAUUAUUACCACUACUCUGAUCCCAUCUGUAAGCACCCCACCUUUACCAUCUAUGCCAAAGGGCGCUACAGCAGGGGAGUGCACUCUUCCAAAGUGAUGGGAGGAACAGAGUUUGUGUUUAAAGUAAAUCACAUGAAAGUCACCCCCAUGGAUAUAGCUACAGCCUCUCUACUGAAUGUCUUCAAUGGGAAUGAGUGUGGAGCAGAGGGAUCGUGGCAAGUUGGAGUACAACAGGAUGUUACUCAUACCAAUGGCUGUGUUGCUUUGGGGAUCCGCCUACCACACACAGAGUAUGAAAUCUUCAAAAUGGAGCAGGAUGCCAGGGGUAGCUACUUACUGUAUAACGGCCAGAGACCUAGUGAUGGGUCCAGUCCAGACAGACCAGAGAAGAGAGCCACUUCUUAUCAGAUGCCAUUAGUUCAGUGUGCUUCAUCAGCACCGAGACCGGAAGAGUCACCAGAGGAGAACAAAAUAGACCGCUAUAGCAGUGAGGCACCAAAAAAGGACUCCAGUGUAUUUGUCCUUACCCUGAUGUUGUUUAUUUGUACUGUGUCACAUUGGAACAUUCUCAGUUGAAAGGAAAAAACUAUUUUUCAUGACUAUAAAACUAGGGUUCCAUAUGACUGAGGGUUUUUCUUUUCAGAAAGAAAAGGACAUUUAUUUUCUUGAUGCACUGGAAUGCCUGAGAACUGUUGUUCUUUUCCUUAUUUUUUUUCCCCUCCUUGAAUCCUGAACGGCACUCGUUUGAUGUUUUUGCUUUGAACUUCGUCCAGUCUGAUCCCUGGCCUGACAUGACUGCACAACAGUAAUUGCACUUUACGACUGCAGACGUACUUGGCUUUUUAACUACUAUGGUGAACCUAAAGCUCCUGCUUCGGUUGGCUCUGCCAUUUUGCUGUUGUGGUUCAUUUCCCCCUAGUACUCAGUUUCUCAUCAGAAUUUAACUAUCAGGAAUCACUCUGUAUAGUAUUGUGUUAAUACUGUGAUAAUGGCUUUAGUCUUAUUCUUUAGGACUCUGCUGUAGAUAUGUAUAUAUAAAGAAACCCUACAAGGAUCUAUCUUACAGGUUUUACACAAAAGAAAAAAAAAUAUAUAAAACUAUCCUCCUGUCAGAAGUUAAAUGGAAAAUUCUCCUAAGUAACAUCCAAAGUAAUUUAAGCUAUUUUUACAUAUCGUUGUUUAACUUGUAAAAACAACCAAAGGUUUAGUGGGAUGUAAGUAUUUUUCUCAUUCAGUUACAUUAGGUAUGCAGUUGCUUCAUGCCUCCCAUUGUAUUUACUAACUAAUUACGAAAUCAGAUAGAGAAAACAUUUUUUCAGCAGAUAUGCAUCGUAUAUGUAAGUUGCAGAAGUAUUAGUGGAUUGCUCCAUGUUGUUGUACUCACUACCCCUUAUAUCCUUUCUAUGCAAUGUUCCUGCCUCAAAUUUCAUUUGAUUAGGGGUAGACAAAAUAAUGAAGGGGCUGGGACCAUAACACAAAUCAUAAAAUAAAAACACCCGUCUGCUAAAGUAGAUUAAGAAUUGUAAAGUGGAAGUAGCUGGAAGUAAAGAAAGGAUUCUAGCAGCAAACAUACCCCCCAUGGGCCAAAUCAUGUCAGCCUCCUUUCAACUUAGAGAGCAGAGAAACAGCAGAAAAUUUGAAAAGAUGGAGCAAAUUUCACCAGAGGGAAUGGGGUUUCACAAAUACAGAGCACUCCCACCCUUCCUUUCAGUACACAAGCCCCUACACAGGGUCACAUUGAGUUUGAGGCUCUACAGGGUUGGGAGGAUGUGGCUGGGAAGAGAGGGGGCACACUCAGGGGAGAGCUCCCCUCCACAACAUCAUGUGAAGGGCAUCUGUUUAAAAUGAGGAACUAAUUCAGUUGAGUCUAGUAUCAGCAGGGAGGGAAACCCUAUUUCAGUGAUUGGUUAUGCUCAGACUCCCCCAUUGACUCCUAUUUCACAGGCCCCAGAAUGUUUUCUGUAGAAUUGCCCCCUCUUCACCUGAGUUUUCCAGGCAUGGUCUCAGCACUUAAAGACAAACUUUGUGGGAAAGACUCAUUAGGUGAUCUGGUCCUUCUUUCCAUGUGACUAUCUAAUAGAAACCAAAGUGGUUAAAUUAAAUAAUAGUAAUAAUGGCAGACUUUGAGUUGGCUUUGCAUAGUUUUCUUAAUUAGACCACUUGCUGAUGUGACAAAAGUUUAAUUCACAUCUAUGCACAAUUCAUAUUUUCACUGCCAUAGACAUGGUUAAAAAAGGAAUCACUAGAUGAACAUUUUUAUAUUGCAUUAGUAUAGGAAUUCAAUCUGGGACUUUUCCAGUUCACUUCUAAUAUUGCCUGUGAAACAUAAUGUCCAGGUAUAUAGUUAUGAACAAGGUCCUUUGCAUAUUCCUCAUCGGCUGUGGUUUUUUUUUUUUUCCUUUCAAAUGAAAAAAAGAAAUGCCUCCCUGUGUCCAUACACAAUGUAUAUUGUUUUAAAUAUGGUUAUUAUUAGUUACCCAUUAGCUUGUCUUCAAUAUUAUAUGGCUGAGAUAGGAACAAAUCUUCAAAAUUACAAGUAAAAUAUGCCAUCUCUAUUCUCUACAAGAUGUAUGCAGUUAGGUCACAUAUGCAAAUGAGAUAGCUGAGAAUUGCACAAGUUAUUGAUCCUUUAAUUUCAUCACACUCAUUUAAGUUGUAUAGCACCAUGUACACCUAUGGCACAAUACAAAUAAGUUCCAAUCUAUAGUUUGUGUGACGUGGCUCCAUAGCCUGUCAGCCUAAGGUGUAAAGACUCAGUAAUGGAGGACCUGUGAAUGGAGUAAUGUAUAUCAUAUAGGUUCAAAUACUUUUAAAAAGUGAAAGGAUAAAACAAGGUUUUUUUCGCAGCCGUGCAACUUGACACUGGAGUUCUGUAGCAACAUUGUUACAUUCCGGCCCAGAAGAAGUUAUUGCACCCAAAAUAAAAAACCCAGAAUAUAACCAACGAGAGAAAGAAGCUGUUGUGCAAGUCAUUUUUACACAUAUUUUUUUAAAAACUAACUUCUCUCAAAGCACAAAAGGGAACAAAGACAAAAAAAGUGAUCAGAAGACUCCUUGUGUGUUUUACUACAGUUUACACAUUGUGCCUGCUGUCGUAGGUCAGAACAUGACAGGAGUCCAUAUUUUGAGAUGUAAAGUCAUCCUUGUCAAUGGUGGAGUGCAUUAGCUUUAAGCCCAGGAUUUUUAAAAAAACUAUAAUUUUAUUUUUGUAAAGUUAUAGAAAAUAUUUUGCUUCCCAAUUUAGUAUUCCAGAUUAAACUGCCAGGGAACUUUGAGCACUUGUUAAAAUACUGAUUGAAAUAAAAGACUCAGUGAAGAACUAA